AUGCGAUCUGCAAGCAUAUGUGAUCUGCAAGCAUACGUGAUCUGCAAGCAUAUACCAUAUGCGAUCUGCAAGCAUACGCCAUAUGCGAUCUGCAAGCAUAUGCCAUAUGCGAUCUGCAAGCAUAUCCCAUUAUGCGAUCUGCAAGCAUAUGCCAUUAUGCGAUCUGCAAGCAUAUGCAAUUAUGCGAUCGGCAAGCAUAUGCCAUUAUGCGAUCUGCAAGCAUAUGCCAUAUGCGAUCUGCAAGCAUAUACCAUAUGCGAUCUGCAAGCAUAUGCCAUAUGCGAUCUGCAAGCAUAUGCGAUCUGCAAGCAUAUGCGAUCUGCAAGCAUAUGCGAUCUGCAAGCAUAUAUGAUCUGCAAGCAUAUCAUAUGCGAUCUGCAAGCAUAUGCAAUCUGCAAACAUAUGCGAUCUGCAAGCAUAUGCGAUCUGCAAGCAUAUGCCAUAUGUGAUCUGCAAGCAUACGCGAUCUGCAAGCAUAUGCCAUAUGCGAUCUGCAAGCAUAUGCCGUAUGCAAUCUGCAAGCACAUGCGAUCUGCAAGCAUAUGCAAUCUGCAAGCAUAUGCCAUAUGCGAUCUGCAAGCAUAUGUGAUCUGCAAGCAUACGUGA